CUUCGUUCUCAUCAUCUAGAUUGCUUCUGUUUAGACACUGUAUCGAUUAUUUCGACCAAUCGCUCUCGUAUGCCCCCCUUCGUCCCCCGAAAGCGUGUCUCCUCCGAGGAUCCGCCAAACGCCAAACGCCGUCAUGCGGCCCCUGCCCCGAGCGACGAGAGCAACGGUAACCAGGUCAAGAACGAAGAGAAUGACUCCAGCAGCAGUGAAUCCGAGUCCAGUAGCUCGGAUGAAGUCGACUGGGAAGAUGCCAUUAACACCAUCCCUCCCGCCAUAGCUCCCUCCGCACCCAUCGAGGAUCUCGAAUUGACUUUGGACAAGAACGAAGCCCAUGUCUCCGACCUCCUGACCGGCAAGAAAGCCCCUUCCAAGAUUGAGCGCCAAAUUCGCAUUCAAACCCAUUGUCUCCACGUUGAAUUUCUGCUUUACCACAAUGCCCUUCGCAAUUACUGGGCCAACGACCCCCAAACCCACGACAUCCUGCGCCGCAAGCUGCCCCCGGCCAUCCAGAAGGAGAUCACCAAGUGGCGCAUCGCGUCCGGUCUAGAACAGCCUCCCCCGAAACCGUCAGCAUCCAAGAAAACAGCAAAAGGCAAACAACGGCGUAAGUCGGAGCGGGAUUGGAGCGAGGACGCCGCGCGCAUGGAGCCCGGUCAGCCGGAUAUGAGCCGUGGCGACCCCAUCAUCCCGUUGCUCCGCGUGCUGACAGCCUACUGGAAGAAACAAUUCAAGAUCACCGCUCCGGGUCUGCGAAAGCACGGCUACCGACCUAUGGCGCAGCUAGAGGCGGAGAUUUCCGCUUUCAAUAAGGAAGACCCCGAUCCCGAAAGGCAUGGCGAGAAGAUCCAGAAUUUGGACGGAUUCCGCCAGGCUGCAGAGCGUAUGGAGGGGUCUCGGGAUCUCGGUGCUCAACUCUUUACCGCACUUCUCCGCGCAAUUUCGAUAGAGGCGCGACUGGUCGCCAGCCUCCAGCCAUUAGGGUUCGGGUGGACCAAAGCGGAAACAUAUACACCCCCUUCUUCCAAGACGGCCGACACGGCACCGGAUGCGACGACAACGGAAACAGGCACAGAUGACGUACUAGAUCUAGACACCGAUAGCAGCGAUCUGGAUGCCCCACGGGGUAAAGGCCCCGCACCACCUCGAUACGAUCGGGACCUCCCAUUCCCGAUCUACUGGGCCGAGGUUGCCUCACCUAUCACCCACGAGAUCAUCCCAGUCGAUCCACUCGUGCUCCAGAACCCCGUGGCGAGCACGCCCGAGCUCCAGGCCGCGUUCGAGCCGCGCGGAGCCAAAGCCGAACGGGCCAAGCAGGUGAUCGCAUACGUGGUAGCCUACGCAGCCGACAAGACAGCCAAGGACGUGACGACGCGGUACCUCCGCCGCCGGACAUGGCCCGGCAAGACCAAAGGCUUCCGCAUGCCCGUCGAGAAGAUCCCCAUCCCCGGUCGGAAAGGCAAGUUCUACGAGCUCGACUGGUUCCGCAUCAAGCUGCACAUCUACCGACGACCCCCACAGGACCGGACAGCCGUCGACGACAUCGAAGAAGCCAAGGACCUCGUCCCCAACCAGCCAGAGAAGAAAGCCGCCCCAGUCGGCGACACCCUACAAAGCCUACGGUCAUCAGAAGAGUUCAUCCUCCCGCGCUUCCUCCGCCGCGAAGAGGCCCUCCGACCCGAUGCGCAACCCGUACGCACCUUCACAAGCGGCAAAGGCGCCAAAGCCAAAGAAGAGCCCGCCUAUCGACGCGCCGACGUCCUCAAAUGCCUCUCCGCCGAAAGCUGGCACAAAGAAGGACGGCAAAUCAAACGCGGCGAAACGGCCCUAAAACACGUCCCCAUCCGCGCCGUGACCCUCCUCCGCAAGCGCGAAGUCGACGAACUCACGCGCGAGACCGGUCAAAAACCCCAACAGGGCCUCUACGCGCGCCACCAAACAGAAUGGAUCAUCCCACCGCCGAUCCGCGAUGGCAUCAUCCCCAAAAACGACUACGGUAACAUCGACUGCUUCGUGCCGCGCAUGGUCCCCCGCGGCGCAGCCCACGUCCCCUGGCCCGGCACAGUGCGGCUCUGCAAAAAACUCAACAUCGACUACGCGGAGGCCGUCACGGGCUUCGAGUUCGGCUCGAAGAUGGCUGUCCCUGUUAUACAGGGUGUUGUCGUGGCUGCUGAAAACGAGGAUCUCCUCAAGGACGCCUGGCGCGCUGACGCUGCUGAAAAGCGCCGCAAGGAUCAUCUUAAAGCCGAGGCUCGCAUUCUGCAAACGUGGCGAAAGUUUCUCUACGGUCUUCGGAUCGCUGAGCGCGUUCGCGAGGAGUAUGGUCCUUCUGAUGAUGCUCUCGAUCGCGAGCGAGAUACUGUCAAUCCUUUCGCUAGUAGUAGCCGCUCGCGCCCCGCUCCCCAGGAUCCUGAAGAUCACGCUAACCACGCCGACCACGGCGGCGGCUUCCUCCUCCCGGGUGAAGACGAAGCAGACAACAACGACAAUCACGGCGGCGGCUUCCUCCUCCCCGGCGAGGAAGAAAAUGAGGAAUCCAACACCGAUCCUCUACUCCUAGAGCAGCAGCACCACCACCACCACCCGCCAUCUCAAUCCGCCCCAAAAGCGGCUAAUGAGACAGGAGCGACAGGGAUGGACAUCUCCGACGAUAGCUCGUUGCAGGAAAUAUCCCCUCCACCGGAGGAUAUCUCUUCCGAGGUGGAUGAUAUUGAUAAGGACGAUGACGAUGACGAUGACGAUGACGAUGAUAAUGAUGAUGAUGAUGAUGGGGAGGUGGAGGUUGAGUCGGAGUAUGAGCCUCCUUCUACGCGCAGGCGCACUCGGAGUUCGAGACGGUAGUUGCUUUUUUCUUUCUCUUUUUCUUUCUCUUUCUUGGUGGGGUUAUUUACAGGCGUUAUAUGGUCUUAGUAGGAUGGUAUUUCAGC